UUUGCGCGUUGCGCGCGCAUCGGCUCGACCGACUAUGGCGGACGGAUUGUGAAGGAUGAUCGUAGUCUUUUCUAAAUCUGAAAAUAUCCACGGUACCCGAUGGCAUAAACCGCGUUUUUUGUAAAAAUUGUACAUUGUAAAUAGUCCUGUGUACAUAUAGUAAUUAUAUUUGUGAUCGUUUUGUUUAAAAAUUGUGUGAAUAGUGUAUUAUUUUGAGUGUUUAUUCCGUUCAGUUUUAGACGCCGACAAAUACCUGCAUUUGAGUGUUAUUACAUUAGAUUUUUCGACACAGCAAUGAAAUAUUGAUGUUUUUUACACCAAGAAAUUAAGAUCUGGAUUAAAAUAUCGACUUUGUUUAUCAACCUGAAAAAGGACCGUUGCAAUUUUCAUGCAAUAUUUUGGUCGCCUUAGCGGCUGUCAUCGUGCUUCGAUCAAUCUGUCACUACAAAGACAAAAAACCAUUGUUGUCUGUAAAUGGCUUUUAUAUUUACUCCUACAUUCUGGAAGUUCUAACUAAUAUCAUGAACACCGUCGCGAUCGAUCUCGACAUCGAAUAAAGCGAGUGGUUCGUCGCGUAUACACAAGCGUAACAAAGGGUGUUUACGAGUGUGAAGAUUAAUUAAUAGCAGAACUGAAUGCUUGAACCUCACGGUAGCCCAAUGAAGUGGCCGGGAACGGGAGGAGAGGAAGAGGCGGGCGAUGCAGGAAUACAGACGGCGCGCGUAGCGCAGCCCCGGGCCCAGGACGACGCCGCGGUGCACUAUGUGUUCCAGCGUGAGUCACAGGAGCCCGAUAUGCCCUCUCUAGCACCUAAACAGCGCUGGGCAGUUGGCGAAGAUAAUAUUGUUGAGAACCAGGAUAAAUGGAAGAAUGCAACACCAAUAUCAAUGAAUAAUAUUCAACAGCAAGGUUCUGUGCAAAUCAAGAAUUCUCAAACAAACCCCCAAACAUUCAUGAGUCAAGCCAUAUCCUCAGUGGGCACAUUGGCCAUUAAUCCAUCUGUUAUCGGAAGCCACCCAGCACAUAUUACAACUAAUAUGGUUCACACCCAGCUCGCUCCGUUGCAAAACCAUACGCUGGGAAAUAGCUUAACUAUUCAGAAUAGUGCGAUGAUGCUGCCUACCCUACAAGGAAUGCAAAAUGCUCCUCAACUGGGACAACAGGGGUUGUAUGAUAUACAUCAACACCAUGCUAAUCCAAUGCAAGCCAUGAACGGUAUUGGUAAGAGUGCAGAGCAUCUCAUGUAUUUGAGCCAGUCUGGUAUGCUAGCACCUGGAACUAACCAAUAUCUACAACAAGGACAAAACCAACUCGGUUUGACACCCGUUGCAGCCAUUCGAAACCAGAUUGCACCUGCAGCAAAAAAGUUAUGGGACAAGGGACCGGGCGCUGGAGGGGAUAGCAAGGGGCCUCAGCACCUCCCACCACUCCAACUGAACCCCGAACAGAUGUGGCGCGAUCCCACCUGGUCUGCUCAAGUGGUGGAACACAAUGUGGGCGUGCCGAUGAUGGGGGCGCGGCGCGGCGUGGCGUUCCCCGGCGGCGACGCGGCCAGCAUCCUCUCGCCGCGCGACACCGCCGGCCUCGGCGUCAAGAUGGUCGAGUACGUGCUCGGCGGCUCGCCGACUGAAGCGGGAGGCGUGGCGGGCGGCGAGAAGGUGGGCGGCGUGGUUGCGGGGCUGCGUGGCAUGGUGCUGGAGGAGCGCGAGGACAAGACGGCCUCGCCCUUCGACAAGGACCUCCAUGACCUGCACGACCACCAGAUGCCCAAUGGCCUGCACAACGGCCAGGACGACGAUAAAGCCUUCAAUCGCACUCCCGGUUCGCGGCAGCCGUCGCCCGCUGAGGAGGAGGGCGGUGCCGGGGGCGGCGCGGGGGGUGGAGGCGGCGGGGGCGGGGCGGUGCGCAACGGCGACUCCGGCGCCUUCCAGCUGCUGCCGCCGCAUGCGCUGCCGCACACGCCGCUCCACCACCUGCCGCACCUCGCGCACCCGCAGCAUCAGCAUCCGCAGCACCACCCUGGCAUGCUGGGCGUGGCGCCGAUACAGGGGUUGCCUCAUCCCCAACAUCCUCAAAUACACCCUGGAAUGACAUUAAACGAUUCAAUGAACCAGCAUAUUGAUCUGGUGCUGCAGAUGGAACAACAUCCGCAGUUCGACAACAACUCUUUCGCGAGCACUCAGCAGUACGCUGGCGGUGUGGGCGGCGUGGGCGGAGUGGGUGGAGUGGCGGGCGUGGGCGGUGUGGGCGGUGCGAGCGGUGGCGUCGGCGGGGCGGGGCUCGUCAAUGGCGCCUCCGUCGUCCAGACCGCCCCCGAUCAGCAACACCAUCAACCCUUCGAUGUCCAGCAACUAUUUCGAUCGCAACAGGCGGCGGCGGCCGGGGGGCAGGCGGCGGCCGCGCAGCUGCAGCUCUUGCAGCAGCAGCAGCAGCAGUUCCAACUGCAGCAGCAGCUGGCCGCGCAGCAAGCGUUCAACCAGCCCCAGUACGUCAUCAACGCCGGGCAGGAGGGCGCGCCGUACGUGAGCGCCCUCAUCGCGGGUGUGCCGCCAUACUACGGCGUGCCCGCGCCGUGGGGCGUCUACCCGGGGCUGGUCGCGCAGCCGGCCCAGCAGCAGGCGCAGCAGCCGCGCCGGCCGCUCACGCCGCAACAGGGCGAGCAGCAGGUCAACGGGCAGGGGCAAUACGUGAUCCCCUACUACGACCCCAGCUCGCUCGUGAUGGGCGGCCGCAACGGCACGCCGCUGCGGCUCGUGUCGCCCGGCGGCGUUCUCGCGCCGCGCCAGUACCCGCCCGCGCCCGCGCACCCCGCCGCCACGCCCGCACCGCCCGCCGCCGCCCAGCCCCAGCCGCAGCAGCAGCAGCCUGGCGCGGCGCUGGCGGGCAGGCGAGACUCGCUCGAGUUCGGCGGCGGGCCCGCGGCCGCCCUGCAGGAGUACGCGCGCAAGUGGGGACCCUCGCCGCUGUCGCCGCCGCUCGGCGCCGCGCUCGGGCCCGUCGGCCUGCGCCCCGUGUCGGCCGCGCCCGGCGCCGAGACAGCCAAGUUCAGAGCCGUUAGCAGUUUAGCGCAAGGUCUCACAACCAACGGCGGCAUGUUCGGAUCGUCAUCUUCGCUAUUGAGCAAACUUAGCGGAGUCGGCACCAUCUCAGAGCUGGUGGGCAGCGGCGUGGGCGGAGUCGGCGUGGGCGUGGGCGGCGUAGGCGCUCUGGUGGCGGGCGACAAGCCGGCUGCGGGGCGGUCGCGCCUGCUAGAAGAUUUCCGCAACAACCGCUUCCCCAACCUCCAGCUGCGCGACCUCGCCAACCACAUCGUCGAGUUCUCGCAGGACCAACACGGCUCCAGAUUCAUCCAACAGAAACUGGAGAGAGCAACAGUUCAGGAGAAGCAGAUGGUAUUCAAUGAAAUUAUCGGCGCCGCGUACAGUCUAAUGACGGACGUGUUCGGCAACUACGUUAUACAGAAAUUCUUUGAGUUUGGAACACCUGAGCAAAAGACGACCCUAGCACAAAAGGUAUGUCAGGUGAGAGGUCACGUGCUGGCGCUGGCGCUGCAGAUGUACGGGUGCCGCGUGAUACAGAAGGCGCUGGAGUCCAUCCCCGCCGAGCAGCAGCAGGAGGUGGUGCGCGAGCUCGACGGACACGUCCUCAAGUGCGUCAAGGACCAGAACGGCAACCAUGUGGUGCAGAAGUGCAUCGAGUGCGUGGAGCCGGCGGCGCUGCAGUUCAUAAUAAACGCAUUCGCGGGUCAGGUGUACGCGCUGUCGACGCACCCGUACGGCUGCCGUGUCAUACAGCGCAUCCUCGAGCACUGCACGCCCGACCAGACCGCGCCCGUUCUCGCCGAGCUGCACGCGCACACCGAUCAGCUCAUACAGGACCAGUACGGCAACUACGUGGUCCAGCACGUGCUGGAGCACGGCGCGGCGGAGGACCGCGCGCGGCUGGUGGCGGGCGUGCGCGGCAAGGUGCUGCAGCUAUCGCAGCACAAGUUCGCCUCCAAUGUGGUGGAGAAGUGCGUGUCGCACGCCACGCGCACCGAGCGCGCGCUGCUCAUCGACGAGCUGUGCGGCUUCAACGACAGCGCGCUGCACGUCAUGAUGAAGGAUCAGUACGCCAACUACGUCGUGCAGAAGAUGAUCGACGUCGCCGAGCCCACGCAGCGCAAGGUGCUCAUGCACAAGAUCCGCCCGCACGUCGGCUCGCUGCGCAAGUAUACGUACGGCAAGCACAUCAUCGCCAAGCUCGAGAAGUUCUUCAUGAAGGCGCCCGAGCUGGGCCCCAUCGGCCCGCCGCCCCCCAACCCGGGCCUGUAGUAGGGCCCCAGUAUUACGCUCCGCGGCGCGACCGACGCGACCGACGCGGCGGCGCGGGCGUCUCCGCCUAUUAUAAAUUUGUGAAUAUUGCGAUUGUACAUUUGUAACUAUAGACUGCGAUCUGUACAUAGGGCGGCAGCGAUGUACAGACGAGGGCCGCGCCGGCCGUCUCCGCGACCUCGUAACUAGCCGAUAGACGAUAGAUAGUUGACCGCGUCCACGCCGCGAGCCGCGCUCCGGGCGUCUGUCGCGUGACGCGCCUCUAGCUCUAAGUGUUCUAGUAUUAUUCGUUGUUCGUAUGAAUCUUAUGUAUAAAUAUUUGAACGUCUCUCAUUCUCGUGUAAUUUAUGAAUCGAAUGGAAGCCGCGGCGGCGUGCCGGGUGUUCCGUGAUGUAGCUCGUUGUAGAUUAACAUUAGCUGGGCUAGGGGACCUCGAAUCUUCAGUGAUGGCGGCGAGCAGCGGGCAGUCGUAGACGAUCGGCACGGUAGUCGUGAUUAUGUUUAUAAUUGUGUUAUUUUGUAGUGUUCGAGUCGAGCUCUCGUUUUAAGUUUGAAUCCGGCUGUAGCGUUCGUCGCUCAUCGAAUAUAAUGUAAUAAGAGCCGGCCUUGUAUAGUUUGUCGAUUUAAUUUUGUGAAAAAGAUAUUUUUUUUGUAUAUUUUUAUGUAAUGUAAGUUAAGUUAUUCAGUCGGCGCCCCCGCGGCGGGGCGGUGUGUGUGUGCGUCAGUGAGGAUGUGAAGCCCGUACUGAUAGUCGUAGGCCGAGGUCUGCCCUGCCGGUCGCACGUCGUAGCGUAGCCGCUCAUUCCCCUGUGUAAUUAAUUUUCUAGGAAGCGUAGUUUCCUACGACACCUCAGAUUUUUUACGUCUAGAUGUAAUUGAAAAUAAAAUUAUUGUAUAUGGCUGUACAAAAAUGUUAACAAAAUGAUUUGUAAAACCUGUAUGUGAUGGAAAAAGGCGGGGCGGCGGCGGGCGGCUCGAGCCGACGUGGCGGACUGACCGCGGCCCCGGCCGUCCCGCCUUGUAGGUUGUACUAGAUAACAUUUAUAUGAUGAUCCAUCUAUUUAGACAUUAAUUAAUAAAGCAUUUCUGUAAUAAUAUUACAAAGAA